AUGCCAUUUGGCUCAUCUGUUGCCGUGCAGAAAGUCAAAUCUUCCUUUCUGAAUGGAAGGCUGUUUGAUGUCACCUUCACCCGCAUCUUCCAAUGCCAGAGAAAAGCCUGCGGGGACCAAGAUGCCUAUUUCGACACCAAAUCCUGGGUAGACAAAGAUGAAGCCCUCAAGUCGACGCUUGCCUUUGAUAUCGACGGCAACGGUAUCAGCGGCCGUUAUUACAAGCUACUUGCUUCCAUGUCGGUGCCAAUAAAGCAGACAUUAUUUCUAGAAUGGCACGACGAUCGACUAAUACCUUGGCUGCACUAUGUACCUGUUAGUCAAAGUAUGGAAGAGCUCCCAGAGCUUGUCUUUUAUCUCACCUCGAAUCCAUCCGGAAAGGAGGUCGCGAGUCAAAUCGCACGGCAAGGUCGACAGUGGCAUACGAGGGCGUUCCGCGAAGUCGAUAUGGGUCUCUAUGUUUACAGGCUGCUGUUGGAGAUGGCAAGGCUUCAAGAUCCUCAACGCAAAGCAAACGUUCCUUGGGAAUAA